GCGAAAUGUUGCUACAAUGUCACGUUAGUUGCAUAUGUCCUUCUGCCUAUCAUUUUAGUUAGAAGCUGAUGCCGUAUCAUUGAUUUAUAUGUUGCCUACCAUAAAUACUCAUUAAUGUAAGACGUUGCUAAAUCUCUAGACUACGGUACUCCGCUGGCAGGAGCCAAGCUUCACAAAAACUCAUCCAACAACUAAAGAUAAUGCAGCCUAAUUCUAGGAAGUUGUGCUUACGUAAGCACCCAUCUCCUACAUAUUUUGUUAAAACCAAUUCUACUGGUUCAAGACCUGAUUCAUAUAACCCUAAGUAUUUGUUUAAAGUGCCUACGUGCUAUAGUAAUCCUACCGUGAUUGGUUAGACUCUUGUUGGUUGAUUGGCUGACUGGUAGGGGCAUAUGACCGGUCAUUGCCUACCCUUUAUGUGUGUGUGCUCAAGAUGUUGAUUGGUUAACUGGUCUGGGCUCAUGUCUGGCUAUUGGCUACUUGACUGUGUCGAGGACGGUGAAUGGAUGGAUAGCCCGGUGAGGAGAGGAAGUGGCUAGGCAUACAUGAACAGCCUCAGAGCACAACGCGCCACCGCACGAGAUGCGACUCUUCAUAUUAGUUGCGUCGGUGGUGACGUCCGCCGUAACUUAUGACAUCCCAGGUUUCCCGGCGCCGCCUCCUAGAGCUUUUGUGAGUGACAGUCCAGACGGCCGCAUCACCUUCCUCAAGCAUUACAAGCCUCUCAACCUCACUUCCAGCUUUGGUACCGUCGAAACUAUCGCAUCCAACCCUUACGGGUUUGCCACAGAAUUCGAAGAGCUCCAGCCGCCUCCAACAGUGUUUCGAGAAUCCGAGUACAUCGCUUCGAAUCCCUACGGUUUCGUCCAGAAUGUUCGAAGUCAUUCCUACAAACCCAAGUUCACCGACAGCGGAUUUGAGAAGAUCUUCUCAAUCCCUGACAAUCCCUACGGCUACGCAAUUGAUAUCGUGAAGAUGAGUGACGAGCCUGAAGCUUUUGAAGUGUUUUCAUUGAUAGACUCUAAUCCCUAUGGCUACUCUAAAAAUUUUCAGGAAGUAAAUUUGAGACCUAAUAGCGUUGUCAGUGUGUUUCAGAGUGUGUUGAGCUCCAUUGCUGACAAUCCUUAUGGGUAUUCAACCCAUGUGAAGAAGCUCAGUAUUGGCUCUGAGGCCUUUGAAGCUGUUCUUGUAGUACCUUCGAACCCAUAUGGUUUUUCUGAUCAGUUCCAGUCAGAUAUUUACAAACCAAGAUAUGCUAAUAAUUUGUUCGAAAACGUUAAGACAAUUGCUGACAAUCCAUAUGGGUAUUCCACUGAGGUCCAAAAGCUAAGCGACAUUCCUGAAGCAUUUGAACCUUCACCAGCUAUUGCUUCAAACCCCUAUGGCUAUUCUGAAAAAAUCCAACAGGGGUCUUAUCAAUCUAAAACCGCUGAUAGUUCUUUUGGUAAGCUUGGUACCAUCCCUGACAACCCUUAUGGAUAUUCAUCUGAAUUCAGGACGCUAGAAGGAGCGUCAGAGGCAUUUGAAUUUGUUCCCGAAAUUUCUUUGAAUCCUUAUGGCUUUUCUAAACAAGUUAAAGGUGACAGUCAUAAGUUAAGAGAACAUGGUAGUAGCUUUGAUAAGGUUAAGGAAAUUGCUGAUAAUCCUUAUGGUUUCUCGACAAAGAUUAAGACUCUUCGUAAAUCAAAUGAUGCCUUUGAAUCUGUUAAAACAAUACCUGCAAACCCUUACGGCUAUUCUCAGAAUAUUAAUAGAGAAAUAUAUAGAAUCAAGGAGUGUGGUAGCGGCUUUGAGAAAGUGGAAACAAUUCCAGAUAAUCCAUAUGGGUACUCCACUAAUGUUGAACAGCUUAAUAGUGAGCCUGAGGCUUUUGAAGCCGUUCCGUUAAUUCCUUCAAACCCAUACGGCUAUUCUGAACACAUUCGAAAAGAUACAUACGCACCAAGGAAUGUUAAAAGUCUUUUCCAGACGGUAGACUAUAUUUCAGGUAAUCCUUACGGCUUCUCGACUGAGAUCAGGAAGUUUAUAAAUUCUCCUGAAGCAUUUGCGACGUUCAAAGUAAUUACUAUGAACCCAUAUGGAUAUUCUCAAACCAUCAAAAGGAACUCUUACCAAAGUAAAUACAUUGUUAGUGGUUUUGAAGACACAGUGCCUAUUCUGAUAAAUCCAUAUGGUUUUUCACAACACAUAGUGAAACUAAGCAAGGCAAAUGAAGCCUUUGCUGCCAUAACUUUAAUCCCAAAUAAUCCCUAUGGUUAUUCUAAUCAUAUUCAAAAAUUACCUUAUCGUGCAGGAGAAAGAGUAAGUGGAUUUAGCACCACUGCUUCUGUACUUUCAAAUCCGUAUGGGUACUCCUCAGAAAAUUUUGCAGUAGCAGAGAGUCCGUCUAGCUUCACAAAAUCUGGGUUAAUUCCAAAUAAUCCCUAUGGGUUUUCUCAGCAUAUAGAGUCGGAUAUUGACGUUCCAAAAUAUCACACAACAAGUUUUUCUACAGUUGAUUCUGUUCUUGAAAAUCCUUAUGGGUAUCCGACAUCUGAGAGUACUGAGCGCACUGGGAAAAGUUUUCGUAGCCCGCAUUUGACUGUGAAAAAACUCAGGGAAGCAGAGAGUGCUUAUGACAGUGUUAAUGCAAUCCCCAAAAAUCCCUACGGCUUCUCUGAAAAAAUUGUGAGAGAAAACCCUACCCCUAGACGAAGCCCGUCAAGUUUUGCUUCUGUUAAGACCAUAACAGACAACCCAUAUGGAUAUGCAGAUCACUUUAUUGCUUAUGGGGAAAACCCCAGCGCUUUUGAAAGAGGAAGACUAAUUAGAGAUAAUCCAUAUGGAUAUUCUCAAUACAAUAUUAAUCCUUAUGGCUUCUCGGAGAACUUUCAUCGACGAAGUGAGAGGACAACUGAGGUACAGAGCGGAUUUGAGACAUUAGUCAAAAUUGAAAUUAACCCUUAUGGAUUCUCCGAAAAUAUUAAGCCUUUAAAUAAUGUGCCAAGUAGUUUUGGCACAGCUGCGCUUAUACCUAAUAAUCCUUACGGGUAUUCAGACAAGAUUCGGAAAGAGCUGGCAGCUCCUCGUCAGUUUCCGUCAUCAUUCACUCGGGUGUCUGAUAUUCCAAAUGAUCCUUAUGGAUUUACAGAAGUAAUAAUUAAACUUGAUGCAGUCCCGUCAAGUUUUGUAAACUCCAGAAGCGUCCCAGAAAACCCAUAUGGAUUCUCACAGCAUAUUGAGAGAUUACCAGUUACUCCUAAAACGCGAUCAUCUGGAUUUGAAAGUUUCGUGAAAAUUCCAGCAAAUUCUUAUGGAUUCUCUGAAAAUAUAAAGGAAUUACCACGUGCUCCAACAGCCUUCGAAACUUUCAGGACUAUUCCAGUUAACCCAUAUGGCUACUCACUUCAAAUUAUUCAUGAUCCUCUGAGCUCCAGACGUUUACCAUCUUCCUUUACAACGACCUCUCUAUUAUCCACAAAUCCUUAUGGGUUCUCUGAGAGAGAGGAAACUCUUCUAGAAGCUCCCACACCUUUCUCAGUCGUGAAUAGUAUUCCCAGUAAUCCAUAUGGUGUAUCAAGCUUCAUUAAAGUCCCUGCUUACCAGAAGAGGGAGAAAGCAUCAAGUUUCCAGACCAUAGAAUCUAUUCCAGCCAAUCCAUACGGCUUCUUUGAUCAGGCAACAAGAUUAGACGAGUCACCAGGAGCCUUCACAGAAGUAGAGAUAAUUGCUGUCAACCCGUACGGAUAUUCUGAAAACGUUCACAGAGAUUACCAGAAAAAGAAGGAUCUGUAUUCCAGCUUUGUCAGUGUUGACAAUAUUAAAACUAACCCUUACGGGUUCUCCACGAAUAUAAUUAAACUGGAAGAGGCACCUACUGUUUUUGAGGCAGUCAAGAGUAUUCCAACAAACCCUUAUGGAUACUCUAGAAAAAUUCAAGAAUUGUCUUAUUUUCCAUUAACGCGUUCAUCUAGUUUCAGGGCCAUUAUUUCUAUUCCUUCAAAUCCAUACGGAUUUUCGGAUCAAAUAGUGCUACUUGAUCUUGAACCAGAGGCUUUCGUCCAAACCAAAAGUAUCACUAUUAACCCCUACGGAUACUCUGAUAAGAUUCACAGAAGUUACUUCAAACCUAUUGGAGGUCUCAAUAGUUCUUUCAGUCACAGCAUUGCACGGGUUAGUGGACUUCCCACUGGCGAAAAAAUUACUGCCAAUCCCUAUGGCUUCACCAGAUACACAAUAAGACUAUCCGAGAGUGACUCCGGCUUCGGGGUCUCUCAGGAGAUUAACAGGAAUCCAUAUGGCUACGCAACAACCGUUAAAAAGACUACCAUCGCUUCAAGAAUCCUCGAGACUCCCUUCGGCAAGACCAAUUCCGUCUCCUCCGACCCCUAUGGUCUUUCGGGUCAAGUGUAUGAUAUCGGGAAUGCCACAACAGCCUUCGAGCCCCUGGUAGCUGUUGUCGACAACCCUUACGUUUUUACGGUCGGGAAACUCAUGGCUCCCUUCCCGUCAUCCUUCCACCAGUUCGACAGGAUAGACCAAAAUCCCUAUGGAUAUCCACAACUGAUCAACCUUGUCUCUGCUUAGAGGUCUCAUGCAGGAGUAUAGAGAUACCACACUUAAAGCAGCAGUAGCAGACAAAAACAGAUGGAACAGCUAAUGCAACAAUUACAGCAAGAAUCUUCCAAGAAACAUAUGAUAACUCCCCAUUCACACACACACACACACACAGGAGCUGAGUCUCGACCCUUGCAACCACAAUUAGGCGAGUACACACACUAGUAGCUACCAGUGAAGAGUCGGGGCUAGGAGCUGUGACACGACCCCUGUAACAAGAACUAGGUGAGUGCAACUAGUUGAGUACAAACACAUACACAUAUACGUGCGCGCAAAGAGGGGAUAUGAACUAGAAUAUGUCACUGUCUGCUGGUGUAGUCGCGAAUUCUCUCUUUAAAAAAUGUGUUUGUGUAGCACAAACCUCAGAUUCAGGUUCAAGAAUCGUUGACUAUCUGUGGUCCAGUGACUUAGGCGACGGACUAGCAAUCUCAGGAGAGCUAGACCGCGGGUUCGGAUCUCGAGCACUUGAUUUGAAUUAUUUUACAUCCAUUCAUUACGAAUUUUUCAUAAGUGCCUUAGAAGGUACAAGAGCUAAAAUUUGUCACUGUCUACUGGUGUAGUCGGGAUCUCCAAAAAGAAAGUGUUUUUGAUGUAGUUAAUGAAAAGCACAAGAUUUCCCAGAUCCUGGGUGGAGAACUGUUAUGAUUAUCGGUGGUCCAGUGACUUAGGCGACGGACUAGCAACCUCAGGAGAGCUAGACCGCGGGUUCGAACCCUGAGCACUCUAAUGGAAUUAAUUAACUUUCGUUCAUAACGAAUAUUUCAGUACACACACACACACACGCACACACACACACACACACACACACACACACACACACACACACACACACACACACACACACACACACACACACACACACACACACACACACACGUAUCUCACCAUUGAUGAAUUUCGAAAAAAAAUCUAAUCUCUAGGCCAUGCCUAAUUUUUUUAAGUGUAUUUGUAAUUCUUUAGGCUCGAAUCAAUGAACUUCGACAAGAAUGAUGUGAUUAAAUUAUAUUCUGUUUUCCCUUAUUUUUUUCACAUGGAUUUACCUUCUACAUACAAAAUAUUAGAAAUUUCAUACUACUGCCGAAGUGUGGCAUCCUGGUGGCGUGCGGAGGCUGGUGCAGCAGUGUGUCAGGCCAGUACCCACCUGGGUCAUGGCACUGCUUCAACAAAACCAGAAAAUCUGUUUUCCAAUCAACUUUUUUUUUUAAACAAACCACGGUACGGGUGGGGUAUAAACCUAUGGUAAGUGAGUCGUAAAACUCCAGGCCAGUGCGUAAGCACUGGGCCAACAGGCUACAAUGAGAUUCAUCCAGCUAUGUAUAUUUAUUCACCAUAGAAAGGUUAGCAUGGGCCGCCACUGUGACCACAAAUGCAAGUUUUUAUAGAUGAGUUUCCCGCCAGAGAUUCAGCUGUAUUAUUAUUAUAUUAUUAUAAUCAAGGGGGAAGCGCUAAACCCGGAGGAUUAUACAGCGCCUGGGGGGGAUGUGGAAGGCAUUCAGGCUUAAUUCGGGGAACUGGAGCACAGAUCCAAUUCCCUAAAUCAAGAGCCCCUCACUAACAUCAAGGAACCUUCCUUGAUGGGGAUUCAGCUGUAAAAACUUGCAUUUGUGGUCACAGUAGCGGCCCAUGUUAACCUCCCUAUGGUGAAUAAAUACACAUAGCUGGAUGAAUCUUAUUGUAGCCUACUGGUCCAGUGGCUUACGCACUGUCCUGGAGUUUUACGACUCACUAGGGAUUCAAACUCCACCCGUACCGUGGCUUGUUUGCAAUCGUGUUAUUACGAUUGCAACUUUUUUUUGUUAGGCUCCCUAAUAAAAACACUUUUUGUUUUUUAUUUCGAACUCUGUUGUCUCGUCCUCACUUCUGUCUUGACGGUAAAAUUACCAGACGUUGGAAAAUCCACUUGUUAAAUUAAAAAUGAUUCGAAAACA